UAACUUGAGCUCCUGUCCCUCGCAGAGGAGGCUCCCACUGUUUUGCCCUACCGGGGUGGGGAUGGGGGUUGGCUGAUAACAGCGCCUGGGCUACUGGCCAGGGGAGCUAGCUGGGUGGGGGCUGUACCUGCAGCACCCCCCCCACCCCUCCACCCCCUGCUCCGACCAAGCAGGGCUUGCAAUGAGUUCAGGUAAAUGGGGAGAUGCUGGGCGGAGUUGCAGACAACAAUGGCCGGAAAAGCUUGUACUUGCCUGCAGUACUUGCUUCGGAAACCCCUCCUCGCCCUUCUGAGAGGCUGGUCACCCAAGGCACAGGAACUGGGCUGGGUUGGAGACAGGGUCACAGGCCGGCGCCACUUGUUGGGAGGUGGGUUUGAUGUAGUCUGUAGCUUGGAUAGGUUAAGGCACCUUAGACCAGUUGUCCAGGCCAUCUCUUGGUGACUUUCAGAUUGAGAUUAUUAAUUUUUAUGAGACACUCAUGUGUCCCCUGCUAGCCUUGGCUCAAAGUGUAGCCAAGGAUGAUUUUGGGCUAUUGAUCCGGCCUCCACCUCAAGUAGUGGGAUUACAGACUUGGUUUUAAGCCAUGCUGAGGACCGAACCCAGGGCUUGGAGGAUGUUAGCAACAUGACUGAGUGUUUGGCCGAUGCCAUGUGCCAGCGCUGCCAAGCCCGGUUUGCCCCCACAGAGCGCAUCGUCAACAGCAACGGGGAACUCUACCAUGAGCACUGCUUUGUGUGUGCACAGUGCUUCCGACCAUUUCCUGAGGGGCUCUUCUACGAGUUUGAGGGCCGGAAGUACUGCGAACACGACUUCCAAAUGCUAUUUGCUCCAUGCUGCGGAUUCUGUGGUGAGUUUGUCAUUGGCCGCGUGAUCAAGGCCAUGAAUGCCAACUGGCAUCCGGGCUGCUUCCGCUGUGAGCUGUGUGAUGUGGAGCUGGCUGACCUGGGCUUUGUGAAGAACGCAGGCAGGCACCUCUGCCGGCCUUGCCACAACCGUGAGAAGGCCAAGGGCCUGGGCAAAUUCAUCUGCCAGCGGUGCCACCUUGCCAUCGACGAACAGCCCCUCAUGUUCAAGAAUGAUCCCUACCACCCGGACCACUUCAGCUGCUCCAACUGUGGGAAGGAGCUGACCUCCGAUGCCCGAGAGCUGAAGGGUGAGCUCUACUGCCUGCCUUGCCAUGACAAGAUGGGCAUCCCCAUCUGUGGGGCUUGCCGCCGGCCCAUUGAGGGUCGCGUGGUCAAUGCGCUGGGCAAACAGUGGCAUGUGGAGCACUUUGUCUGUGCCAAGUGUGAGAAGCCAUUCCUGGGGCACCGGCACUAUGAGAAGAAGGGCCUAGCAUACUGUGAGACCCACUACAACCAGCUCUUUGGGGAUGUGUGCUAUAACUGCAGUCAUGUGAUCGAGGGUGAUGUGGUGUCAGCCCUCAGCAAAGCCUGGUGUGUGAACUGCUUCGCCUGUUCCACCUGCAACAUGAAGCUCACUCUGAAGAACAAGUUCGUGGAGUUCGAUAUGAAGCCCGUGUGUAAGAGGUGCUAUGAAAGGUUCCCCCUGGAGCUGAAGAAGAGGUUGAAGAAGCUGUCCGACCUAAGCUCCCGCAAGGCCCAGCCCAAGUCUGUGGACGUCAACUCAGUCUGAAGGUCCUCGGUUUCCUGGCUGGCCUGCAGUACCUUAGCCCUCAUCCCCCUGCCCCAAGUCGUGCUAGCCACUUCUGCUCCAGCCCAGCCCACUCUUCCGGUAUGCCAUCCUUUCUGUUUCCAGUCCACCUUGGGCUGUGUAAUACUCUCUUCUGUGCUGCAGCCUGACCCACCUCACAGGCAUUUCCUCCUGGGCCCACAACCUCCAGGGAUAGGGACAAACUGGGACAGGAUUAUUUGUCACUUGCUUGACCUGCAGAUCCCAACCCGAUGCCUCUCCUCUCCACUCUCCAGGAGAGUUUCAGCCCCAGUGUGGCCCUUGGGCUUGUCCCAACCCCAGGGCCAGCAGAUAGAGGCUUCAUGGAAGCACCCUUUUCAGUUAUUGGAGCACAGUAGGUCCCCGUGCUUACACUGUGUCAGCAGACCCACCUCCGGGAUGAAGCAGCUCGAGGGCCCCACUGCCUGCACUACUCAGGAGACCCCAUAGAAAGCGUCUCAGCUGCCCACCAAGCGUGGAGGUCCCACUUCCCAGGGGCACAUUGCCCUGGCCAUCAGAGACCCACACGUGGUCACACACUUACACAAUGAA